AGCUGAACGUGUUCGCUCCUGUCUGCUGCGUCUGCCUUCUUGAGCCACAGGCCCGCUCAAUUUUUAUAGCGAUUGUAGUACUACGCCGAAUCUACUCUUCUUUCCUUAAUCAAUGACGAGCGUCGGCUCUUCGUCGAACCGGGGCAUCCACAAUGCGGUGGACUCCGCUGCCGCCGGUACGGGUGGCAACGCCAUGGUCACUUUCUUCACUACCACCUACUCCAAAGCGAUGCCGGAGCAGACCUUUUCCGUUCCCCUCAACGUGCUGCCGGACGGACUCAACCAGCUUGUGCAGAGCGUGCUGGGAGUGGAGACACAGAACUUUGACUUUCUGUACAAGGACGAGUACAUUGGCACGACGCUGCUCCGCUUCCUUCAGCGCCGCGGCAUCAGCUACGAGGAGUUGCUGAGCAUCGAGUACACGCCGGCCCUGCAGGCGAAGGAGGGGAGUCUGCUGCCCCACGACGACUGGGUGAGCACCGUGCGUGCACCCUACCUGGGAAACGCGGAGCUCCUCCUGACCGGCGCCUACGACCACUGCGUGCGGCUGUGGGACGGCGAGAACUGCGUUGCCCUCGGCUCCUUUCACAAGGAGGCGGUCAAGGAGAUCGCUCUCCACCCGGUGGCGCCGUCGGCGAGCAGCAACAGCGGACAGAAGGCUAAUCGCAAGCGCACCCGCCUCGACGGCGACUUUGUCUUUGCCAGCGCCAGCAAGGACGGCAGCAUCGCCGCGUGGCAGCUGGACAGCGCCGACAGCCGCAUGCAGCUCCUCGGCUCCAUCCAGGCGCACACCGACGGCGUCGACUCGGUGGCCAUCUCGCCUGGCGAGGGGAAACUGGUGGCGACGGCCUCGUGGGACACCACCGUGAAGAUCUUCAACUGGUCUCAGAUGAUGGAGGGCGACACCGUGCCGUCCACGAAAGCGCCGCUCGUGACCUUCACGGACCACAGCCGUGCGGUGCUGUGCAGCCGCUUCUCCGCCGCGUUUGGGGCGGCGCGGCUCUACUCCGCCGGCCUGGACGGCCACAUCACGUGCCUCGACUCGGAGGAAGCCCAGCUGCAGUCCCGGCACAAGGGCGACCACCCCAUCAACCGUCUCGCCGUGAAGCCGGCGGAGGGCAGCGCGGGGGCCGACCUCAUCCUCUCCGCCUGCACCGACAAUCGCGCUCGCCUUUACGACACGCGGCAGAAGGAGGUGGUGAAAACCUUCAGCGGGCCGCGGCAGUGGCUCUACAGCGUCGCCUGGCUGUGGGACGUGCAGGAGGGCAACGCCGAGCACAGCGGUGGCAGUCUCUUUGCCAUGGCGAGCGAGGAUGCGACAGUGCGAGUGUACGACCUCCGCUCCACCAACACGGCACUGCUCACGCUGGAUACGAUGCACACGGACGGCGUGCUCGACGUUACCUACGUCGGCCAGUCCAUCAUCGCCAGCUGCGGCAAGGACAACAAGACGAAGUCCUUUGCGCUUAGCCAGGAAGAGCUCUACUAA